AGACGUUUAAUCAAUUCAUCAUCAACUACGAUUAUACCAACACACAUACACACGACCACUGGCAUUGAGACAAGCGAUGACGUUCCAGCUAUUACUGCUCCAUCAUCUUCAGUUAGAGAUGAGUUAACAACAACAUUAUCAAUGACAACACCAAAAUACAAUCGCUUACGUUUUAAUAAGCCACAAGAUUUGAGCUUAGCCUCUUCAUAUCUCGCAGCAGCAUCCGUUGACAACAUCAACCAAAAUGUUAAAAAACUCUCUUCGUCGACUACUUUUUCAUCACCUCUUGCCUUAAGGCGUAAAUAUCAAACAAGGCGUUUAACAACAAUUAGUACAACGAUCUCAAAUAAUGACGACUCAGCUACAGAGCCACCACGGACGGCAAAUCCAUUAUUCAAACGACGUCCAAACACAUUUUCGUUGCUGAGAGCAACGACUACAAAAACAACAACGACAACUGAUGCAGUAACAGACACGUUUACAACCACCGUCACCAAUGAUGCCUUCGAAGUUGGAGAGUCGUCAGAUCAAGUGGCCAAAUCAAGCAUCUACAGCAGUCAUUUUAAUAAAGUUCACGACAGACCCACAUCUAUAGACGACGACGAAGAGGUGGUGGAUGAAAAACAUUUACUUAAUGCUGCAAAUGUAAUGCUUGCAACGAGAGCGCCACAACCAGCACAACAAAACAAAUUUAAUUUUGACGAAUUAGCAAAUACUCGUCGCAUGGACGAAACUGUCAAUUUACCUACAACCACGACAAAAACAACAACAUUAAAGCCUACUUGGAAGAAACGUAAAAUGAUUAUUAAAAGAAGGCCACAUAAAGUAACGCCCAAUAACCCUCAGCCCGUAAUCACAAAUCGGGUAAACAGAAGACGCCCCUACAAAUACUUGGAAUCUUUUGACAAAACUGAGAGUAAUCAAGCAGUGCCCGCUGUUAAGGUGGGCUUAAAACAAACUCCCAAAAUUUAUCGUUCAGAGUACGAUUAUUAUGAUGAUGAAGAUGUACGUGUCGUGGACAAUAGCGAGCAACAGCUUAAAGUUAUAUUACAUGGUGGCGGCGUAAUCGAAUGCCUAGACCAAGGCAAUUUUCCACAUCCACUGUCCUGCCGGAAAUUCAUUUCCUGUGCUAAAUUUGAAACCGGUGGUGUUGUAGGCUGGGAGUACACCUGCCCGAAAGGCUUAAGCUAUGAUCCGGUCGGUGGCAUGUGUAAUUGGGCUGCCGGUCUUGGCUGCAAGGAAUGAAUACAAGAUGUGUUUAUUAUUUAUUUAUAUAUAUUUAUGUGCACAUAUAGCAACGUAUAUGUAUACUACCAGAGCAUUCAUUGCAACCAUAGAUUUAUUUAUGAGUGUUUGCUUGUUAGGCUGUUGGUUUUCACUAUGUUCCAAUUCAAAUGAAAUUUUAAGACAAAAGAAAACGUAUUUCGGUUGACUAAGUAAAAGUAAACCUUUAUCUUUAUAUAAACCAAAAUUUUCAAAUUAUAAAUUGGAAUUAAAUAAAACGAAUAUUUAAAUUUUAUACUAACGUAUUAAACGCGAUAUCUAUAUCUAUGUGUAUAUAUGUCCACAGGUUUACAAUGUAGUCUUUAAGCUUUAUUUAUAAGGAAGUUUUUUUUUUUUUUUGUAAUUAUAAAAAUAUCCAAUUAACUACUUUUAGUACUACUUAAUAAUUGUUCCCCACCUAUCUAUAUCUCAUUCUUUCAAUGGUGAAAGCAGCUUUACAGAUCGAACUUUUACCUCUGCGACGUUCUUUCAAUGCAUUGCCACAAUAUCCGCACCUCUCUCGCUAUUUCUCUCUUCGCCUCUUCCCUCUCUUUCUACACCGACAUAUCAUGUUAUAUAUAACCAUAUCGUAAUUGUUAUCAUUAAAAGUAUUAUGUAUUAAAUUAGAGUGGAACUAUAGCUGGAAUGCUAUCUUAUCCUGGCUUUUGCCUGAGCUAAACAAUUAAUGCAAAUAUUAAAUACGAAAUUGUUUCAUCCAAGUGAGCUUAAUUUUAUUCUUUCUUUUUUAAUAAAUGCAUUUUAGGUUCUCUUAUUA